AUGUCUGUAUCUGUUGAAAAUACUGAAUUAACAAAUUCCACUGCCGCUGCUACUUCAGAAGCCCCAGCUGCCCCAGCUGUUGCUGCUGUCCCCACACCAAUAUCUGGCCCAGUAGCUCCAGCUCCAGCUAAAGAAGAACAAACUUUCAGUUUAGCCCCAGCUCCUUUGCCAGCUAACUCUCCAUGGAAACCUGUCUCUAACGACAUCCCAGUGACAAAUAUUAAUUUAGAUGAUCUGGAAUCUAAUAGAAAAAAGACAAGAACUCCUGUUUCAUCUACCUCUACUAAAUGGGUUCCAAUGAAGGCAUCCAUUACUGUCUCUUCUGUUAACAGAAAGAACGCUAACGGAAAGAAAAAGUCCUCUCAUGGAAAUAACAAUAACACACAAAAGAGCAAUGCUAACGGCAGUGCUUCUAGUAAUGCAUCCAGAAAGAAGAAAAGCCAUCACUCUCACGGUCAUCCUCACUCUGGCGAAAAGGAUAGUAAUAACUCUUCUCAACCAACUUCUAAUGAUGAUUCUUCUGUUGCCCCUGCCUCAGAGGAUAAGUCAUCAGAAACUACCUCAGACGCUACCCAAGCCACCCAAUCAAAUGAACAAAAGAAACAACAAACUCAUAGACAUCAAUCUCAAAGAAGAAGACACUACAACAACACUAACAAGAAUGGACAAGGUAAUACCAAUGGUCAACAUAAUACAUUCAACCGCAACAACGGACAAGGAAACAACAGAUACAACCGUCACCAUCAACACAACGGCCAACAUGACCACUAUAGUCAUAGCCAUCAACAACAACAACAGAUGGUUCAAUUACAAUCCAACUUUUAUGCUGCACAACCUGUAAUGAUGGCUGUUAACAACAUUGCUAGACAGUUAGAAUAUUAUUUAAGUAACGACAACUUGAUAAACGACACUUAUUUGAGAUCAAAAUUUUCCAAGGACGGUUACGUUCCAUUGACCUUAUUGGCUCAAUUUUAUAGAGUUGUUAACAUGUCCUUUGGAGGUGAUGUUAAUAUUAUCCUAGCUGCCAUUAGAGAAGUGGUUUUCAAUGAAAGUGCUACUGUUGAUAUUGCCAGGGGUAACUUAUUAGUUGGUGGACAAGAGGAUCCAAAAGAAGGUGAAAGUGAAGUUGUCCAUCCAAUCGAACCUUCUCAAUUAGAUAAUUACUUUAUCCGUUCUCACGACUGGGAGAAAUGGAUCUCAACUGAAUUUGGUAGCGAAAUUGAAAUCGAGAAAGUUUUAACUGGUAACGACAUGGAUGAGUUUAUGAUGAAGAUCAUUCAAGUUCCAACUCAAUCAACUGUCGUACCACCAGUUUCAACCGACUCUUCGACUAAUGAACAACCAACUGAAACUGCUGAAGCAACUACUGAAGAGAAGGCUGAUGGUAAUGUUGAAGAAAAUUCUGCUUAA